UUCUCGUGUCGUGUGCGUGGAGUUCUCGUCUGAAGAGUGGAGGAGAAAAAAGAAAAUCCAGCCAAAAAAAAAAACAAAAAAAGAAAUGGACGUCCAGACAGGGCUGAUUUGCGUGGGUUUGGUAGUUGUAUCGGCUGCCGUUAUUCUUUUCGCGUCAAUGUUUGGCAUGAAAGAAAAAACCUAUGAAGAAGCAAUAGCUGAACAACGCAAGCUACCUGACGAUUUGCUAUUAGGUAAAAGAGAAAAAGCUAAAGAAAAGAAGCAUAAAAAUAAAGCUGGGGGAAAGAAGGUAAAAGAGAAGAAGGAAGAAAAGGAGGACAAGGAAGAUGAAAAGACCGAGCAUGUUCAAUUCGAAGAAAAUCCUCAAAUACUCAUUGACGAAGUACCCAUUCAGGAGGAAAAAACUAUCAAGGGCAACAAGAAGAAGGGAAAAGUUGACAAAGUAAAACCGAUUCUUCUCAACAAAGAUGAGGCUGUGGUUUUGGUACCAGAACCCAGUCUUUCACAGCCCCAGACAGAAGACAUUAAUCAUUUUGAUUUGACUCAGCCCAAAGAUGAUCUUGAACUUAUUCGUAGUCACAGCAAGGACAAUUUACAACAGGUGACACAGUCUGAACCAAUUGUCAACAAAUCUCUCGUAGACACUCCUACGAAAUCUAAGAAGAAUGUGAAAGAACAGUCUAAAAAAGGUGGCGAAGCAAAGGAGGAAAAAAAAGAUGUUGCAAACGCUCCACAGCAACAAGCAGUCAAAGAAACGCCCAAGGAAAUUAAGGAGCAACAAAAGGAGACACCAGUUAAAAUGGCCAAGGAAAUUGUAAAAGAAACCGUAGUACCUGUCCAGUCAUCGGUUAAAGAAUCUAAGAACAAGAAAAAGAAAAAUGACAUUUUGGCACAAAUUGGAGGCGACAAGGAUGGUGUCAAUAUAUCUUUGCUUAUGCAUCUCAUUCAGAAGGCAGAACUCAGCAGGUCUGAAAUUCAAAUACUUACUGAUCAGUUAUUGAACAAACAAUUAGAUAAUCCUUUGGAGCAUUCUGAGUGGACCGAGGGUCGCACAGACCCUAUGAUUAAACUUAAAAAACAGUUGGCAGAGAAGGAAAAGGCUUUGGCUGAUGAACAAGAGGCAAGUGUUGCUGUUCAGAAUAAACUAAAAGAAUUACGCUCAGAAUUGAAUGCUGAAAAGUCUAGGCUCUCUGCAAAUGUGCGGCAGCUCGAAGAAACUUUGAGUUCCAAAACUACCGAGGCCCAGAAUCUGCAUACUCGUGUACAACACAUAUUGGAGACUCAUGCUGCGGAGAAACAGGGCUUUGCCAAACAAAUAGAGCAUUUGCAAAGCCAGGUUAACGAAAAGAUGAAUAUUAUUCAUCAAAUGCAAGAGGAUCAGGGACAAACUCAAGGGCAUCUUCAGCAAGAACUUGUCGCUCAAAGAAAGCAAAUGGAGGUACAAUAUUCGCAGAUGAGGGAUAACGAGAACGCCUUGAAAGCGCAACUUACCCAAAAACAUGCGGAAAUGCAAGAACUGCAGAAUAUUAAUAUGACCGUUAAUCAAGAAAUCCAGAUGCUGCGAUCUACGUGUGAAAAUAGUGCUGCUGAGGUAGAGCGGCACAGGCAACAGCUAGCGAUGAUGCAAGAUCAGUUAAUACAUUCUGAGGGACAGCUGCAGCACUAUAAAGAUGCAGGAGAAAGACUUCAGGACAUGGCCAGACAGCUCGAGGAAUCUCAUCGUACAAUUGGUGAUUUAGAACAUAGACUACAAAAUACGCAUCGCCACGAACAAGACCUUCAAAAACAAUUGAACUCUAUUAAAUCAGAGUUGAACGCUGUGAAAAACGAAGCUAACGAGGCCAAUAAUCUUAAAGCUGAACUUAACAAGGUACAAGCCGAAUUGAACAAAUUAAAAUCUGACCUUUCAGUCUCUCAGAAUGAAGCAAAGACUGAGGCAGUUGAAAUUACUUCGCUCAGGACUGAGCUGAGCACGGCACAAAAUGAUCUCAAACAAUCGCAGUCAAACUUAAUUGUCGCCCAGACUGAACUAAAGAACUCGCAAUCAAACAGCAACAAACUUCAAAAAGAAUUGGAUAUCAUUCAAGCAGAUUUUAGGAAGUCUGAGGGUGAACUGGUUAAGGCUCGAAGUGAAGGUAAAAAUGCUAAAGCUGAACUCUCUAAGGCACAGAGCGAUUUGAAUAAGGCUCGAACAGAAUUAUUCAAGACCCAGGAGGAACUUCGAAUUGCCCACAAAACUAUGUCUGAACUGAAAAUGUUGUUGGUUGAAGUUGAAAGGCUACAGCAGGGUGCGAAAAAUUCUUUUGAAUCACAAAUUGAGGUUGCAAGACUGCAAGAAGAAAAUAACAGACUCUCGUCACAGUCUGGAACUCUUGGUGAACUUCAAAAAGAGGUCAGAAAUUUAGUAUCUCAGUUGGUAUCUAAUACGGAACGUCCAAAUGCCGAGGGUCGUGAAAAUGGCGUUGAAACAAAGGCGGUUAAAAAUAAUAUUCAGCACAUUGAACACAACAAUUUACUAGAACAGAAGGAAACUCUGUUAGAAAAGCUGAGAGUAGAAGUAAACCAGAAGGACACCGAGCUGAAUAAGCUUACUGUCCAGUUGGAGACUCUACAAAGCGAUGUGAACAACGAACGUCGUCAGAGAACAAAUCUUCAGGACGAACUGGAAGUCCAGAAACAGAAGAACAAUGAAUUACGAACUAAGAACUGGAAAGUGAUGGAAGCUCUUUCAGCAGCAGAGUCUCGCACAAAUUCUAAUUCCGGAACAGCAAUUGAUAAAUUAUCGCACCAAGUUGGAAUAGAUGAACAGAAGUCCACUAAAGCGUUACUGCAGAGGAUAUUCCCCGAUGUUAGUAUUGUCGAAUCUUCUCAUGAGAAGUGGUUGACUGCCUUUGAAGACAAGGUUUCUUCACUUGUCAAAGACUCUAAGCUUAAGCAAGAAGAUAUGGAAAAGCAGAAUCAGAAGCUACAGGGGAUGGUGUCCCAACAUAUUCAAGGAGUUGAAAAAACGGAAGGAAUACUUAAUAAACUUCAAAAUCAUGUAGAAUCGGAAGAAGCGAGGUGGCAGGUACAGAUUAAACAGAAAGAAGAAAUUUUAGCCAGUCUUAAAACUGAACUUGACGAUCUUCGAAACAAAUCUGCCCUCACUGAGCAGCUCGAAAAGAAGAUAUCUGAAUUGGAAACGAGAUUAGCUGAAGCAGAAACUUUCAGACACCAAGCCCAAACCCAAUUGGUAUCUUUUAAAGUUCAAUCUGAAUUGUCUCCAGUGAAAGGAGAGAAAAAUCUUAGUCUCAGUAUGGCAGAAAAACUUGGAGAGGAAAACUCUCGAUUACUUCAAUCGCUGCAACAAGAAAUUAGCAGCAAGGCUGCUGUUGAUGCAGAGGUAGCAAGGCUUCGCUCCGUACUAGAAAAAUCCGAGUCUAGUCUGGCAGAGGAAAAAAAUCUUGUCUCACAAUUGCAGAAUGAAGUUUAUCGACUAAAGAAUGACGUAUCUGCUGGAUUCAGGAAUUCAGAUCAAUCCACAGUAAACGGGCCUCCAAUAUCAGAUUCGUCCAAGUCCGAGUCAACAGUGGUGGCGCAUUCAUUGUUAGCUGCGCUUGAAAAAUCGCUGAAGAAUACAGAGCUUGCAAAAUGUUCCAUAACCGAGCCUGCUACAGAUUUGGUUGAGCGUCAACAAGAACCCGAUACCAGCUUUCUAAUAUCAAAAACCUCCUCCCCACAAACGUGUCACAUGAUAGACCACAACACUCAGGCUAGUUGGAAUCCGUUGAACAGCCAGCAGCAUAAAAAGCACAAGAAAAAGAGGAAGUCCACUAUGAAACCCGUGACAAAGCGGCGCCGAUUCACAGGGUGGUUCAGGAAAAAAGUAACGACCUCAAGGAACAAACUACGUUGAAGAAAAAACAGCAUCAGGGGUAAGAAGGUGGCGAUAAUAAAGAUUUGAUAAAUAAAAUGAACACUGUGCGCACAUGUGCCAUUGAUGCGAGCAGUGAAAAUUUUGCUAUAAAGAAGACUAAUAUAAUGAUAACGAUGAUUAAAAAUAUUGCUGAUAAUCUUUAUUUUAAGAAAUAUCAUAUUUUAAUAUGUAAAAAAAGUAUACAACAAAUUAACAAGUAGAUAGAACACAGAUUAUU